AUGGGGAUGAUCUUCUUCUGCUCCCCCAUCGUGAGCAUCUUCACUGACCGGAUCGGCUGCAGGACGACGGCCGCCUCUGGAGCAGCGAUCGCGUUCAUCGGACUCUUCUCCAGCUCUUUCACAAACUCGGAAGUGUCCGCUCCUAGAGGUCUGGUGCAGAGGGGAGCAUUGCCACCAGGGGUGGCUGAACCAGUGAGCAAAGUGAAAUAUGUGGAAGAGGAGUUCAAAGAAACAGAAAAAGGGUGGAUUGUGCUUGUCUGCAUGGGAGCCACGUCAGGGGUUGGACGCUUGGCUUCUGGACCGAUCGGCGACCUUAUCCAUGGGCUGAACAAGAUUUACUUACAGGUGGCCUCCUUCAUCCUCUUGGGCAUCUUGUGCAUGAUGAUCCCGCAGUGCCGAGAGUUCUGGGGCGUCCUGGUCGUCUGCCUCUUCCUGGGACUUUGCGACGGACUCUUCAUCACCAUCAUGGCCCCCAUCGCCUUCGAGCUGGUUGGGCCCAUGCAGGCCUCUCAGGCCAUCGGGUACCUCCUGGGACUCAUGGCCAUCCCCAUGACAGCAGGGCCCCCGAUCGCAGGGUUACUCCGUGACUGUUUGGGGAAUUACCACCUUGCCUUUUAUUUUGCUGGCAUUCCCCCACUAAUUGGGGGUCUGGUUCUGGCUGUUGUUCCAGUGAUCCAUCAGAGAAAGCUCCGGAAGCAGCAGCGGGAAUCUGGGAAAGACAAGAUGUUGGUUUUGGAGACUGUGAUGAACGGAGAGCUCCUUCCCGGUUCCCCAGCCGUGGAGGCGCACAUCUAAAGCCAUCCACAAGACCUCUCGGUGCCCGCGCACAUCCCCUCUUGCCACCAGCAUUUCUGACACUGUCUGAGCCGAGCCCUUCCUUAGGAGGAAUCCAGCCUGUCUGCUUGUGGGUGGAGAAUACCACACUGACAAGCCUAACUGGACAAUUUACUUUCAAGUUUAUUUUAAAACCAACCGCUCUUUUCAGCGGAGAGAAUUCUACCAGCACUCUGAUUCAUGGUUAGGUGAUUGUUUUUCUGGCUGGCGUAGCAGCGAUUGCCCUUUGGUAAUAGGCAUUUAACAAGCUUUUGAUAGGUUUCAUGGAUUUAUUUCCCCACCUGCAAAACAGAGUCUGUCGCUUUUGCCUUGAAAGUAGAGUUUUGUUUCCUUCUGAGCUCCUCUGGGACUUAUUUUUAUAGUAGCCAAAUUCUCAGAGCGUGUUUUAACCACUCAUGGAGGCAAAGAAAAGAAAUGUUGCACCGUGGGUGAAUUCUGAAUCUUUUUGGGAAAUGUAUCCUCUUCUCCCUCCCCACUUGGGCAGAAUCUGCCCCUGAAUUCCUCGUUGGUCCCAGCGUCCUCCUACCGGGCUCCCCUGAGUUUUUGUAUGUGCACAACCAUCUACUCAUGUGUAACAGGCCUUGUCAGCAGAUCUUCUUCUCAGUUCUUGGGCUGCCUAUCCUGAUGUUUUCAGACUGAUCUCCACCCACUGCCAGAGAGUUGCAAGGGAUGCCACGGGAGAGGAAGGGCCUCAAAUAGUACUUACAACUUGGCGUUUUUAAAUUUUUUAUUCACCCCCAUUUUAAAGACCGGCCUCUGAUUUCUGAGCCAUCCUUCAGAGGUGCAGUUUUAUGGGGGACCUGCACUCCCUGGCCAGAGAGGACUGGGGCCUUUCUGGCCAUGAAUCCUCCAAGGUGUGAUCUGAGCCGGGUAGAGCCAUUUCUCCCAUUGCAACCUGGACCCAACCGAUUGAAGUUGGCAGAACCCUCCUCCUCCUCUUUUGCCUGAGUGUUCAGGGCAUUCCUCCUGAGCCAGAGCCUGCCGGCUGGGUGCAGACACAGACUCCUGCUAAGUUUGGAAUCCCCUGGAGAAGAGUGAUUGGCCCUGGGGAAAGGGAUCUCCCUCCUUAGCACCCUGGCAAAUGUAGCUGUUUCCUCAUGAAUCCCUGUAAAUCCCUUUGUGAGUCGGCGCCACAGAAGCUGUGGAAAGCAGCCAGAUGU